CCUUCCCAGCCUGUGCCAACGGCGCUGGCUCAGGUUGACCGUGAGAAGAUCUACCAGUGGAUCAAUGAGCUCUCCAGCCCUGAGACAAGGGAGAAUGCGCUGCUGGAGCUGAGCAAGAAGCGUGAAUCUGUGCCUGACCUUGCCCCGAUGCUGUGGCACUCCUUUGGCACCAUCGCAGCGCUCCUUCAGGAAAUUGUAAAUAUUUAUCCAUCAAUCAACCCUCCGACUCUGACAGCUCAUCAGUCCAACAGAGUCUGCAAUGCUUUAGCUCUGCUACAGUGUGUUGCAUCGCAUCCUGAAACAAGGUCAGCUUUUCUGGCAGCUCAUAUCCCUCUCUUCCUGUACCCCUUCUUGCACACAGUGAGCAAGACACGUCCAUUUGAGUACCUGCGGCUGACGAGUCUCGGAGUGAUUGGGGCCUUGGUAAAAACUGAUGAGCAAGAAGUGAUAAAUUUCUUAUUGACCACAGAAAUUAUCCCUCUGUGCUUGCGCAUUAUGGAGUCCGGCAGUGAACUCUCCAAAACGGUUGCUACAUUUAUUCUUCAGAAAAUCCUCCUGGAUGACACGGGGCUGGCAUAUAUCUGUCAGACUUAUGAGCGGUUUUCCCAUGUUGCCAUGAUACUGGGUAAAAUGGUCCUGCAGCUCUCCAAGGAGCCGUCGGCACGGCUGCUGAAACAUGUUGUCCGCUGCUACCUUCGCCUUUCCGAUAACCCCAGGGCACGUGAAGCUCUCAGGCAGUGCCUUCCUGACCAGCUGAAGGACACCACCUUCGCCCAGGUCCUGAAGGAUGAUACCACCACCAAACGCUGGCUGGCUCAGCUCGUCAAGAACCUGCAGGAGGGUCAAGUCACUGACCCACGGGGCAUCCCGCUUCCUCCGCAAUGACUCCUGGGGAAGGUGGGGGACCAGGGAAGAAACAGCUCAGGUUUACAAAGAACCAGGCACAGGUAGCAACAAAGCAGGCGUGACAGCCUGCUGCCAGCCUGUCGGACCAUCCCACCCAGCCAAAGGGCUGCUCUGUAGCAGUGCAGCAUGCCUCUGGGGAUUGCAACACCAGCAAAUGCUGAUGCUACAGCUUCA